ACGUUCAUGCCGCGUCUUUAUAUAUGUUGAUCUCGGCAUAUGAUGAUCGAUGCUAUGAGCCCGGAUGGGAGGCGAAGAGAGACACGACUGGAGUAUAAGGGGUUGUCUUACAUCACACUCCCUGAGACCGUUCUCCUUUUGCCUUCCUUCUUGGCUUUUAGAACCGUAAACCACCAGCCCGGUACCUUCGACAUCUCUUUGCUCCAAGACAGACGCGUUCAUCUCACAAAGCCAACCCAUCCAUCACCAUGAAGCUCCAAUUCCUGGCCCUUGUGGCCUCAGUCUUCGUGCAAGACACCCUAGCCCAAUACGCCACAGCAGCCAUGAUGCGCUUUCAAUGCUCCCAACUCUCCAUCGAGCGUCUUGACCCGCUCGUCAACCCCGGCAUGCUCCCUUCGACGCACAUGCACCAAAUCGUCGGCGGCAACUCCUUCAACGCCACCAUGACGCCCGUCGAGUAUGACCCCUCCACCCAGUCCACCUGCACCACGUGUUCCUUCGCCGAGGACUUUUCCAACUACUGGACGGCCAACUUGUACUUCCGAGCCAAGAACGGAAGCUAUAAAAGGGUGCCGCAGAUGGUGAACCUGGGACUGAAGGGGCAAGGAGGGAUAACCGUCUAUUAUAUCCCGCCGUAUGAUGGGAAGACAAAAGUUACUGCUUUUAAGCCUGGCUUCCGCAUGCUGGUAGGCGAUGCCAUGCUCCGGUCUAAUCGGGGUAUGCAAAGGCAAAUCUGCCAUCGAUGUGAACACAAUAUCCAGCAGAGUCCGUUUGGCGGUGCGCCCUGCACGGGCGACGACACCGUCACGUUCCCCAACAAGAUGUGUCCGGGUGGUAUUCGGACUACCAUCACCUUUCCUACCUGCUGGGAUGGCAAAAAUGUCGACUCCCCGGACCACAAGUCGCACGUCGCGUACCCCUCCUCUGGCACCUUUGAAUCCACCGGCCCCUGCCCCGCCAGCCACCCGGUCCGCUUACCACAGCUCAUGUACGAAGUCAUGUGGGACACUCGGCAGUUCAAUGACAAGGCUAUUUGGCCCGACAAGGGACAGCCGUUUGUGUACUCGAUGGGAGACGGGACCGGGUAUGGCCAGCACGGCGACUACGUGUUUGGGUGGAAGGGAGACGCGCUCCAGAGGGCGCUGGAUGCGCGGUGCAGCGGUGAUGGAUGCUCGCAGCUCAAGACGCAGACACCAGAGCAGGCGUUGGCUUGUUUCAAGAAGCAGACGGUAAAAGAGGAGACGGAGGGCUGGGUCUCGGAGCUGCCGGGUGGGAUGCAGGUAACUUGACAGUAAAGGACGGGAGGGAGGAGAAGGGAUGGGAGAUAGGACAUGUUGAUUGAUGAAAGAUGGGGACCAGCCCUAGUUAGUACCUUUCAGUUACCUUGUAUCCAAACCUACAUCCAAUCUGUACCGCUGUCGUAAUGUCAUAACGUCGUUAACCGUUCCGUUCCGCCUG